GGCCAAACCAACGACAAGGAAACACAAUAAUGAAGCGCAAUCGAUGGAGUAGCGACGAUGACGACAGCGAGGAAGAAGUGCCGCGGCGGUCAAAGAAGGACUUAAAGGACGUCCAUCAACCAUUAGAAGUGGAAGCUUCCUCUUCAGCAGCCUCAGCAUCUGCGCUACCUCCGUCGCCGCAACGAACGGUGGUCCGGAAGGGUCGACCAAGCUGCCGCGGCGUGGACAACUAUGCUCGGAUAGGCAAGAUCGAUGAGGGGACGUACGGUGUUGUGUCCAAAGCGCGCGACAAGGUGACGGGCGACAUCGUCGCCUUGAAGCAGAUCAAGAUGGCGGCGGACAUCUGCAAGGAAGGGUUUCCGGUCACGGCGCUGCGCGAAACCAACAUCCUACUCGCGCUGCAGCACCCCAACAUCAUCCGCAUGCGGGAAAUGGUCGUCGGUUCGACGCCGGACAAGGUGUACAUGGUGAUGGACUACUCGGACAACGACUUGAAGCGCGUGUUCGAGAAGCAGGCGGCGACCAAGCAUCCGUUCCUGAGCUCCGAGAUCAAGACGCUGCUGCAGCAACUGCUGAAAGCCAUCGACCAUAUGCAUGGGAAAUGGUGCAUCCAUCGAGACCUCAAGAGCAGCAACCUCCUGUACGACCAGGGCGUGCUGAAAGUGUGCGACUUCGGCAUGGCCCGCAAGUAUGGCUCGCCCAUUCGAUCCUACACCCACCUCGUCGUGACCCUGUGGUACCGAGCACCGGAGCUUCUCCUUGGAACGUUGCAGUACUCGACGGCCGUGGACAUGUGGUCUGUUGGGUGCAUUUUCGCAGAAAUGAUCCUCCUCUCACCGCUGUUUAUGGGUCGGGGGGAGAUUGACCAGCUGGACCAGAUCUUCAAGCUGCUGGGCGCGCCCUCCGAAGCCAAUUGGCCCAACGUCAGCCACCUGCCCAACGUCGCCAACGUCAAGUGGAAAGGCGCGAAACGGUCGAUGCUGCGGGAGAAAUUCCCCGUCGCGAGUGUGAUUGGCGGGCAGAGCGUGCUCUCGAACGCCGGCUUUGACCUGAUGCAGAAGCUGCUGACGCUGGACCCAGCCCAGCGCAUCUCGGCCCACGACGCGCUACAUCACGAGUACUUUGCAGAGUCGCCGCCCCCGAAACCCCUCCACCUCAUGCCCACGUUCCCGUCGUCGUCAUCGGGUUGAUGCAGUCUUUGCACUUUGAAUACUAAUCGACGGAUGAGAUACCCAUGUCAGUCGGUAAUCAACAUGCUGGUUGUGUGUGACA